AAUUACCCUAUAUAAUAUAGCUGUAAACAUUAGUCUAUAACAGUAGACAGUACACACUACACAGUGUUGUUGUUAUGCAUGACUGCUUAACAAGCUAUAACGGAAUUUCGUUUGAUAAAUUAUUCACACUCUUAGUUAAAAUCGUUAAGUUUAUCACUACGAGAUAUUCAAAAAUGUCCUACAAAGUUACUUACUUCAACGUCACUGCUAUGGGCGAACCCAUGAGAUUCCUUCUGUCCUACUUGAACAUCGAUUUCGAAGACGUUCGUUUUGAAGAAGAAGAAUGGCCUGCACUCAAGCCUACAAUGCCAUUUGGCCAAGUUCCAGUGUUGGAAAUUGAUGGCAAAGUAUUGAAUCAAUCAACAGCUAUUACUCGUUAUUUAGCCAAAAAAGCUGGAUUAGCUGGUAGUGAUGACUGGGAGUCUUUGUUGAUCGAUAUUGCUGUCGAUAACAUUCAUGAUUUGCGACAAGCAAUGGCAUCAUAUACAUAUGAUACAAAUGAGGAAACUAAAGAAGCAAAAUAUGCACCUUUGAUCAAUGAAACAGUUCCAUUCUAUAUGGAUAAAUUUGAAAAAAAUGUUAAAGACAAUAAUGGAUACUUUGUAAAUGGAAAGUUGUCGUGGGCUGAUUUAUUUUUUGUAGCUAUUUUAGACUAUUUGAAUUAUAUGACAAAAAUUGAUUUGUUAGAGGGUCGUCCAAAAUUAAAAGCACUUAAAGAAAAAGUAUUAGCUGUACCUCAAAUUAAGGCAUGGGUUGCCAAACGACCAACAGUUGAUUAUUGAAUAUCAAACAAUAUUAUGAAGCACAUAUUAUUAUAUUAAUUAAAAUAAUAAAAAAAUUUGUUUUUAAUUUUAUUGUACCUCAUUCAGAUGAACUAUAUUUGUACACAUUAUAUAGUAAUAUAAUUAAAAUAGCGUUUUUUUAUGUGAAAGUAAAGCACUUGAAAAGUUAUAUGAAAUUUAAUAAAGUCUACAUUAUACAAUUAGGGA